CCCCCCCCCCCCCCCCCAAGAGUUCAUAAGCUCAGAAUGAUCCACAAGAAAUAUACCACAAUUAAUGAUAAUGCCACACUCAGAAGCACGUUUACCCGUGUCUUCUCUUUCUUUCUCGGCCAGUCUAGAGCUACAGACUAGUUAGGCAGGACACAAGAAUCCGACAAAAUGGUCUCCAAGCUCGUCAGUCUCUUCUGCCUGGCCUCGGCCGCGCUUGUGUCUACGGCCCAGGCCCAGUCUCAGUCCCAAACCUCGCCCAGCUGCGAUAGCGUGUGCCAGGCCCAGUUCCGCGGAGCCGUGACUGGCGAGGAUGCCAACUAUGUCAACCUCGACAUCACCACCGACAGCUUCUACCAGACCCCGGCCAACAUCUCCUCGUACGCUGUGGGCGACCUCGUCAAAUCCCAGGACCUGGAUCGCGCCACCAUCUCGCGCCUGUGGACCCUCCCCGCCGGCAUGUCCAUGAGCAGAAUCUACUACGUCACCGAGGACAUCGACGGCAAGCCCCUGCCCGCCACCGCCUUUGCCCUGAUCCCCUACUCGAAUCCCCUGGGGCCCGACAAGCCCUUCCGCACCAUCGCUUGGGCCCACGGCACCGCUGGUGGCAAUAGGCAGUGCGCCCCCUCCAACCAAAAGGCCUUUGAGUUCGACUGGGAGGGUCCCCUGGCCCUGGCCCAGCGCGGCUUCGUCGUCAUCGCCCCUGACUACGCCGGCAUGGGCGCCGAGGCCCCCAUGGGCUUCAUGUACGAGGCCGGCGCCCUGCACGCACACGACGUCGUGCACGCCAUCCAGGCCGCCCGCCAGACCUCAACCCUCGGACCCCUGAUGAGCAAGGAGUGGGUCGUCGUCGGCCACUCCGAAGGCGGUCUGACUGCUUGGAGGACCGCCGAGCGCCAGGGCAUGCCGGACAAGGCCGUCGACGGGCUCAUCGGCGCUGUCGCCGCCGCCCCCGCUACGCGCCCGCUCAGUCUCAUCCCCGAGUCCUUCCGCCGCGCCAACGGCAAGCCCGUCGGCGACGCUCCCUCGGUCAUUUUCCUGCAGAGCCUCGGCCGCCUGUUCCCGGACCAGAUCAAGCCGGCCGACUACUUUGGCCAGGUUGCCCUGGACCGGCUCGCGCUGGCCAAGGGACGCUGCCUGAUCUCGGACCUGGCACUGUUUAGCACGCUGACGGCCGACGAGCUGUACAAGGACAAGUCGUGGCUGACGCACCCGACCGUGGUCGACUGGCAGAACCGGUACAACGGCGCCUCGGGCCCCAAGAAGCUGGGCACGCCGCUGCUCGUCAUCCAGGGUGAGGCCGACGAGCUCACGUACAAGGAGGUCGCCGAGAAGGACUUUGACGACCAGUGCGCCGCCCUGCCCGACUCGGCCGCCGAGUGGUCCCUGUACCCCGGCAUGGGUCACGACGCCUCCAUGCAGGCCGGCCAGGCCGAGAUCGUCGCCUGGGUCAACGACCGCUUCGAUGGCAAGCCCACCGCCGGCAAGUGCGUCAAGAGGACCCAGAAGACCGCCACUCAGAGGUACUCUCAGGUCAACCCCGUCUGGGCCGCCCUUUCUGCUCGUGGACCCCUGCCUCCUCCUUGAACUGGCAUGUGAGAAAGAAAGGAACAUUUGGUGGUCGUUUGUUAAUGUCAAGUCAUUAUGUGAAUAUGAGUGGGUGGGUAUAUAUGUCGCUUCAUGACUGGGGAGACUCUUGAUUCUGUGUGAUGAUUGGCGUUUGUUUUGUUUAGUACGUUUUUUUUAAUACCUGCAUUUACCUUGUAAAUACAACUUCUUCUUUUUGCUAAACAUAGCGUGUUAUACCCUG